GUAAUCUGGUUUUUUUGGUGUGUAACGCUUCUCUUCCUCUUACCACCAUCACCCAUCCAUUCACUCACUAAGGCCUUUCCUUCGCUGGUCGACUUAACGAACUCAACAACUAAUGUUUUAUAAUGUCUGAUACUUCACAUUCACACAAUUACGGUACAAGAAUAAGGAACAAUUCAAUCCUUAAACCGAGCGCUCGUCUUCGUCAAUCACCACAACCAAGGCGUAUAAAACCAGUACCACAUCCAACACAAACAGAAUCAACUCAAAACCAAUCUCAAUUUCCAAUAUUUCCACUACCAAAUGUCAUGCUACACCCAGAAGACGCCACCAGCAAGGUAUUUCAUGCUAUCGGUCGUUGCUUCCUCAGCGUGGACAAUCGUGCUAUGACGAUCAAGGACCUUGCGGAAAUGACUCUAAACUUCGGCCUCGUGUGUCAGAAUGUUUCUGCUGCGUCGCAAGCAAUAACUACUUACAUCCGAAAUCAUCUCUCGAGAUGCGAGGCUCAACAAGAUCACCCUCUUCUUCUUCGACAUACCCUCUCUGGCACACCCGCUGACGACGAUCUCGUUCCUGCACUGCAUUCCCGCGUAGGAGGCGCACCCCUACAAAGGCAACCACUCGACACCACGUGUCCCAAUCAGAACAUUCCUACUGGUCGCCGUACAAACUUUCGUCGUGGCACAAUCGUAUGGUAUCUUUCAAAAGCUAGUGGCGUCUCCUGCCCUUUUUCUCGUGCUGGUAUUCUCCUUUCAAAUUAUCCCGCUUCCAAUUCCAAUACAAAGCCUCGAAAGCAAUCUCACAGUUCAAUGGAAAAGUGCGGAGAGAAACGCAAAAGACUCAUUUCAAGACGCUGUCGUGCCACUGACAGACUCUCAGAGAGCGCCAGUCCACCGCCCAGCUCCAGUCCUGUAGAUAGCGGUUAUGCAGAGAGUGCCUCCAGUUCUUCUGACGAAGAAGAAGACGAACCUGAAAGACCUCCAAAAGUCAAACUCACCUUACGUCUCCGUCCCUCUCCCACUACCACAGAUCCCACAGACAUCAUUGAUCUCUCCCAUGAUACUUCCUCUGACGAUGACAUCGACAUGUCCCCAGCAGAGCCCGAUAUCAGUCCAGAACCAUUUUGCCUCCCACCCUAUCCUCGCAGAUCAAUCGCAGUCCCAUGUUACACCCCCAUAUCCCCUCCCUCCCUUCAAUACAUCUUUCCCCCGCCACCCAUCGACCAAUCCAGAGGAAGCGCAUCACCUCCGCCAGAUUCUGAUCACGAGGAGGAUAUCGACUUCGAUUUCUCAAGCGAUGAAGAGGAAUCUCGAGGUGUGAGCGUGAAAGUAGAAGACGAAGGAGAAGAUAAUGGUCUUGGCACAAGUCACAACGUGAGAGACAUGCUAGAUGCUUGGGAGGACCUAGAUCUCAAUCGUGCGCGGUCAUAUUCAUCCCCAGAGUCUGGGUUCGCUUCGGUGGCGCGGGAAAACGAAAGUCGCCAUGCAGUCGCUCCAGAGGUCAAGGUUGAGGAACUUGAGAUGUGGGAAUGGGAGUUUGAUAGUGGCUGGGCGGGUGCGUGUGGGGAGAUUGAAGUCAAGAAGGAAGAUGCUCCAGAGGCGCCGAAUGGGCUGUCGUUGUCGCCUACGAGUGUGCCAUGGAGUGGGUUUCCACUCUCUCCUAUGUCGCCACUCACUCCUUCUCCAACAUCCCCGGGUUCGAGCACGGGGUUUAUGUUCCAUCAUUCAUCGGCACUACCUGGGUCUCCAAGGGUCAAUAUUUCCCCUCUUCGGCCCACACAUUCAAGGAAACCGUCCCUGGAACGCAAGAACAGCGUGCUGGACUGGCAAGAUGCAGAACUGCUUGGUCCUGAUAGUGUCCACAUUACCGAGCUCGAGCUAGAAUGGGAAAAGGGAACUCGGCGGACACGAUUCGUAUCACCUGCACCUAACACUUCAUUAUCACCAGGUGAAGACUGCCAAAUGACUGAUCCCGAGCCUCUCCCUGAACGCAAAGAUCAAGUAGUAGUAGUCCACACGUGCGUACCGUGCGAUCCACCUGUUAGCGCUACACAGGUCGAAGGAAUACCGGUGUAUCAAACUACGCUGCCUCUUUACGCACCCCGCACGACGCGCACGCUUUUGAGGAGGCUAGACACUGAUUUCGUAAACCUUACACCCUUGCUUGCUGCGUUUUCACCAUCGCCAUCACCUUGUGCUACUGCGGUCCCAGUUCUUCCGCCGAGCGCUGUGCAGUUUGAGCAUCCGAAUUUGGCCGUGGCAGGGGUGUGGGUGUCGUUGGAUUCCUUACUCUCAAGACGAGACGCUAAGAACAAGCGUAGAGGUAUUCCUAAGCGACGAGCUUGUGAUGCGGUUCCCGAGCGCCUUGAGGGAUUUCUGGAGGACGAGUAAACCUGGGAGGAUGUUGGGGCAGUUUGGGGUGUGUUUUGAGGGCGGGAGGGUUGUGGGUCA